AUGACCGUAUACAUACAUGUAUAUAUUGUAUGACAAAAAAAAAAAGGGAAACGCCGACCGUAAAUUAUCUUUUUAUUAACUGUAACCAAAUUAUAAUCUUGAUUCUUGUUGCCGUUGAGCGUACAACUAGUUUCGUUAUUUAGAGCGACGCCGAUUUCAUCAUGAUUGGCGGUUUGUUUAUGUACAACCACAAAGGCGAGGUGCUCAUAUCUCGAGUUUACCGAGACGAUAUUGGUCGCAAUGCAGUGGACGCGUUUCGUGUUAACGUCAUCCAUGCACGCCAGCAAGUACGGUCGCCGGUCACGAACAUUGCGCGCACGUCGUUUUUCCAUAUACGUCGAGCGAACAUUUGGUUGGCCGCAGUCACCAAGCAGAACGUCAAUGGCGCAAUGGUGUUUGAGUUUCUCAUUCGGUUCACUCAAGUAAUGCAGUCCUACUUCGGUAAGAUCAAUGAAGAGAAUAUAAAAAACAACUUUGUUCUCAUCUACGAACUGUUGGACGAAAUAUUGGAUUUCGGGUACCCACAAAAUUGUGACACGGGUGUAUUGAAAACAUUCAUCACCCAGACCGGCGUGAAGUCACAAAGUAAAGAAGAACAAAUGCAAAUUACGUCUCAGGUCACUGGUCAAAUUGGUUGGAGACGAGAAGGUAUCAAAUAUCGUCGCAAUGAACUAUUUUUGGAUGUUCUCGAGUAUGUUAAUCUGUUGAUGUCACCUCAGGGACAAGUAUUGUCAGCUCACGUGGCUGGACGUAUUUUAAUGAAAUCCUACUUAAGCGGAAUGCCCGAAUGUAAAUUCGGUAUCAAUGACAAAAUAGUAAUGGAAUCGAAAGGGACAAAAAUUAUUGACGAGACUGGUUCCAGGACAGCUGCAGGAAAGCCUGUGGUUGUAAUUGACGAUUGCCAAUUUCACCAGUGUGUUAAACUCUCCAAAUUUGAAACUGAGCAUUCCAUAAGUUUUAUUCCUCCAGACGGUGAAUUUGAGUUAAUGCGUUAUCGUACUACUAAAGAUAUAUCAUUGCCGUUUAGAGUUAUACCAUUAGUACGUGAAGUCGGUCGCACACGUAUGGAAGUUAAGGCUGUGUUGAAGUCUAAUUUCAAACCUUCGCUUUUGGGACAAAAGAUCGAGGUCAAAAUACCAACUCCAUUAAAUACUGCUGGAGUACAAUUGUUAUGUUUAAAAGGUAAAGCUAAGUACAAAGCUUCGGAUAAUGCUAUUGUGUGGAAAAUCAAACGAAUGGCAGGAAUGAAGGAAACGCAAUUAUCAGCUGAAAUUGAUCUCCUGGAAACUGACACCAAAAAGAAAUGGACUAGACCACCAAUCUCAAUGAACUUUGAAGUGCCAUUCGCUCCAUCAGGUUUUAAAGUGCGUUAUUUGAAGGUUUUUGAGCCAAAAUUGAAUUACUCUGAUCAUGAUGUAGUAAAAUGGGUUCGUUAUAUUGGGCGAAGUGGUUUAUAUGAAACUAGAUGUUAGAUUUUAAUAACUAAAAUUGAUUUUAAUUAUUACCUAAUUUUUUUUUUUUUUACUUAUUGGUUUACUACUAUUAUGUGUAAAACCCUACAUUUAUAAAGUAUAAUAAUAUUUAUUGAAUAAUGAAUUUAAUACAAUUCACUCAUGUAGGCUUUAUAUAAAAUAUAUCUAUUGUUAUAUAGGCUAGUCAUUUAUAAAUUAUUAACAACACAUAAUUAAAUUAUCUAAUUAGCAUUAUUUAUUCCCAAAUUUUUUUUUAUCAUUGUAUCUUUUUUUUAUAUCAAUUAUGAUCUGUAUUUAAUUAUAAUAUUAUUUAUACGCACCUGAGUAAAAGCGUAAUUAAGAAAUGAUAUAUUAAUAGUUUAUAACGCCUAAUAAUAAU